AUGUUCAUAAAGUGAGUGACCUGAUUGACACCAGCAAGGAAAAUCCUGAGAUACAUUUGGGGCAACUUGAAAUAACUAACCAAAAGACACCAGAUGAAGACACGACGAGAGCAAAACUAAAGACUCAACAGGAAGUCUACAAAGGGACAAAAUCCCAUCAUCGUGGAGCAUGUCACCAAAAGUUACAGAAAAGCAAGAGUCAGACAUUGCAUAGAGAUGAGAAACUCUAUGACUGUAAGGACUGUGGGAAAACUUUCUGUACUAACUCAACCCUCAUUAAGCAUCGCAGACGAACUCAUAACAUAGAGAAGCGCUUUGAAUGUACCAAAUGUGGUAAAUCAUACCAUUGGAAGUCAGACCUCACUUCACACCAGAAAACUCACUGGCAAGAGAGAACCUACAUAUGUAAAGGGUGUGGGAAAGCCUUCUUCCGUAAGUCUCAUCUCAAUGCUCAUGAAAGAACCCAUACAGGUGAGAAACCUCAUAAAUGUACAGAGUGCAACAAAGCUUUCCAUUACAAGUCAGACCUUACACGACAUAAAAAAAUUCAUUUGGGUGAAAAGCCUUAUAAAUGUGAAGAAUGCAAUAAAGGUUUUUCCCGCAAGUCAAAGCUCGAUAUACAUCAGAAAACCCACACUGGUGAGAAGCCUUAUGAAUGUACAGAUUGCGGGAAAACCUUUUUCCAUAAGUCACAACUCACUGCACAUAGGAUAGUUCAUUCAUCUGAGAAUUUUUAUGAAUGUAAAGAAUGUAAUAAAUCUUUCCACUGGAAGUGUCAACUCACAGCACAUCAGAAAAGACAUACAGGAAGAAGCUUCAUGAAUGAAGAAUGCAGGAAAAUCCUCCAUGAGUCAGAAGUCACUGGACUUUGGAGAAAUCAGGCAGCUGAGGAGCCCUACGAAUAUGAGGAAUUCAAGGAAGAGUUCUACAUAGAACCAGACCUUACUGUAUUAUAUCAGGGAAAUUCAUAAUCAAGAAGCUUACAGAAUGUAAAGAAUAUAGGAGAGUUUUCCAGUGCAAAUCUGACCUCAUUCAACCCUAAAAACCUACACAAAUGAGAAGCCACUGUGAAGAAUGAUGCUCAAGGCUAGCCUUAGCAACAGAGCACCAUAUGAAGAAAAGCUGGAGCACUGUGUUGACAGAACUCCUUGUGUGGCUUAUCUGCCACCAGAGGCUCCACAAAGAUGGUAUGAGAGAGCUCAGUGGUUAAUAGUUCUUGCUUUAUUUUGUUCUUUGGUUUCACAAGACAGGAUUUCUCUGUAUAUCCCUGGCUGUCCUUGAACUC